GGCAGGCAGGCUCUGCAGGAGGCGGAGCAAAAUUGAGAAGAGUCGCUAAUGGCAUUGAACUCGCAGUUCUGUCGUCUUGUCUGAGCCUGAUCCGUUCCUCUCUCCCUCUCUCAUGCUCGCGUGUGGUGAUGUGGUGAGGGAGACUGUCUGUAUCGUGCAUCGCUCGGAUCCCUCCACCACCUCCUUUGCGUUGGUUGACACACAACAUACGGGGGCCAACUAAUCGUCUGGUUUCGGCUGCCAGCGUGGUUGGCUGGGUGGUGCUUCGGUCGGUUGUGUUCCGGGAAGCUGUGGUGCUGGUGCCGAAAUCUUUGAGAGGAAGGGGACGGGGAAGGGGAGCAUGAGGAGAUUGGAGAUGUCGGGUCGAGGGAAUUGAACGGGGAGGGGCGGGGCGGGGCGAGGAGGGAAGGGGAAUCGUGGAGAGAAGGGACGGGAGGGAUGGCGGAGAGUGAGGGGCCGACGGGGGGAGUAGGAGGUGGGCCGAUUGAUGGAGGGGAGGCAGGAGGAGGAGGGGGAGCGCGAGCGAUGUUAGGAGGGUCAUUGCCUCCGAGGAAGAGGUUGCUGGCAGGAUUGAAGCAGAAUGGAUGGUUGGCGGCAUCUAGUGGGGGUGCCCCUGCCGCAACUGUAAUGGCAGGCGUAGAAGGGUUUAGUCUGGAAGGAGGAGGAGGAGGAGGGGGAGGGAUGGGUGCCAUGGCGGCGCAGGAUGGGAGCGGCGGUGACCAAGUCGAAGCGAUGGUCGAGCCUAAAGAGGGUUGUGUGAGUUGUGCUGUCCUGGAGAGCCCCGCAUGGAGGAGACUCAAAAGGAAUGGAGUUCUGCAUCGAUUGUGCAAUUCUUGCGCGGUGUUGUGCCAGAAGAACUUUAACUGUCCCCUGUGCCUCUCAGUGUACCCUGAUGUGAAGGACCCCGCCAUUUGGGUGUCCUGCUCCCGUUGCCAGCGAGCGGUUCACAUAGAAUGUGAGAAGAAGAGAAACCCUUCGGCCAUCAUGGACUUCGGUGCCUACAUUUGCCCGGAGUGUGUUCAAGCCAAGAAGUUAAAAGAUAUGUCGAAUGGGGGCAGUGUUUUGGGCACCCGAGCUAAAGCGUGCGGAGGCAGAGUCGGGGUCAGUUGUAGUGUCGAGGCAGGGAUCUGCGCAUCGUCCGCCGCUGCCGAAUGCUCUAGCCCGUGCAGCAAGAAAGCUCGCAUGCAACGGGAAGUUCGAAUUAUCAAGGAUGCGGACACGCACGAGCCGACGAUCGAGAGAAUCUGUUCCGAGGUCAAAACAGGAUUGGGGCGCAAGGGCGUCUCGUCUCAAGAAGCCGCAGCGGCCGCGGCAGCGGCUGCUGCAGCCACGGCCUGCAGGGCAGCGCAGGUCGCCAAGGCUCUUGCGGCAGCGAAGGCUGCCGCGGCUGUGAAAGCAGCCGCGGCUGCCAAAGCCGCUUUAGAUGCUGCCGCUUUGGCUGCACGAGCUGAGUUACAAGCUCGCGCCGAGCUUCGCAGGAAUUCGGAGGGUAAGCACGAUGCUGGCUACCUGAGGAAAGAGAAGGGCGAGAAGCCUGAGGUGAUUCUGGAGGGUGAGAAUGGUCAUGGUGGUGCCCCGGCGGGGAUCGAUGACGAGGAGUUGGCUCGUCAACUCCAUCGUGCCAUUAACAGUUCCCCUAGAAUAUCACGUGGCGUUACCCCUCUCCGGCGAAAAGCAGUUCCUGCUGGAUCCGGAGGGAAACCGGCCACCGAAUCUGUCAGGGCCUGGCCUCGAGCUAAUCCCGUUGCAUCUCCAACCGAACAACGGAACCUGCCACAGCAGCAGCAAUGUGCCAAACACCAACAAACGAGGCCUCGUUCUCUCGUUGGUGGUCACAAGGAGAUCAAGCGUCUUGAUUCUAGGGUUAUGAAAAAGCCGGAGCACGAGGCUUGUCAAAACUCGGCCCAUCAUCAAUCUACUAUGGGUGUCCUUAAAUCCGAGCCUGUUGAUUCGAGUACUCUUUCUCACGUCAAGCAGGACUUCCCGACGGGGCAUCACGAUUAUCAAAGUGCUCCGUUAGAUGUAAUGAAGACCGAAGGAGACUGCCAGUUUGUAGGAGUGUCCGAGGUAUAUUCAGGCGGGGACAUGAAUCACGAGAUCAGGCUCUCGGACGCAGAAGUAUCUCAGGCAGCAGCAAUGUUGGAUGAGGUACUCAUGUCUGAAGAAGCGGAACAGCAUGCAGCGGAAUUAGACGAGGGCUGUCUAACGGGAUACGUUGAAGGCGACGGUACCCGGCAACUUGAUUCCCACUGCGCUGGGUGGGAAGUGGAAGGGGGUCCAGGUAUGUUGAAGCACGAAGACGGAGCAAUGGCAAUCGAUGCGGGAACAGACAUGAUGACUGUCACCAUACCGCCUGGCGUCUCCGAGCUCAUUCAUUUGGAUGAGAUUAGUCAUAUAGAAUCCACGAACACGGCAGAUGGUGUAUUAACGACAGAUGGUCAGUGGGCCGUGAAUGAAAGCGACAGUAGCCAAAAGGAUUUCGUCGAUGUGCAAGAGAAUGCCAAUCAAGUAGCUGAAGAAGGAUCAAUUCAGGCCGUUAAAGAAGAAGUCUCUGGUAAAGUAGGUAAAGCAAAUCAAGAGUUGGAUGGCUCACCUUCACAGCCCGUAGCCGGAGCUGCAGCUCACCGGCAUCAAGGAGGAGCGAAGGGUUUGUCUGGCGCAGGGAAAGGAUUUGCCAGCGGGGGACACUUUUCGUCACCUCCUUCCAUUCCUACAUGAAACUUCGCUGGAGCCAUGGGAGUCUCAUUGUUUCGCUCUCACUGACAGGUUUCUCGCUCACGUGAUUUAAAGUCUCAUGCCAACUCUUGAUCUAGUCAUUUAAGGUAGCAAAUUGUAUGUGAAUAGUCGACUCUAGGUGAAGAUCAGAUCAGAUCAAUAUACAUCCUCUGUACAAAUAAAAGCUUUGAUACUACUACCCUUUUGGGUCGUUCACGCCAUUUGUGUUUCUUCUGUGCCUCGGCAAUUCUGACUUGUUUUCAUCUUUUCGAUCAUGAUUUCCGCUUGAUGACUUUUCAAAGUUUUUCAAGUUACACUCCGAUUAGAGGUAUAUUCCCUUUUCUUAGGAGACCACGAUUUGGGUUAUAUGCCUUUUCUUA